AUAAGCGCAUCUGGCGUCGUGUGGGGAAUGUAACCCGGUAACAGGACAAGAUUCAGUUGAAUGUAGUGAAUAGUUUUAGUGGAACAUCGUUCCCAAAAUGCAUUUUAAAUCUUGUAUAUUUAUAUUUUCCGUGAUAUGGAAUGAAUGCUGUGUUGGAGGACUAAUGCAUUUGGAUGGGCAAGCAUCAUCGGCUUUAGUUGAAAAGGGGAAAAAACAACUCGAGUCUUUGAAGGCGAAAACUCUCCUCCCACAGUAUGGAAACUGUUGGGUGAAAUCAUUGGAGGUUUUAGCAGACGGCUGUCGCUCACUUUCCGACGCGGUGCAUAUCGACAUAGCGCUGCGGUUUACCGGCUGCUUUAUGGAAAUGUCCGGCCAAGAGGAUUCACCGGACUGCGUUACCGAGCGGACGGAAGCAUUGAAAAAACUAUGCAUGAGCCAACUGUCUGAUCGCACCUUCACCGUAUACACGGAGUUCUUUACCCAAACACAAAACAUGUGUUUUUUCCUGCAAAACCAAAACUGGCACAGCGAAACCGAACGUACGAUCAACCGAUUGAGUAGCUUUUCGCGUGCCGCUGGAGAGCAGUUGCAACUGGUGAACGAUAUGCAAGAUGCACUUUUACUGGAACAACACAAACAGUACGCGUUGCAAAUGGAACUAAUGCGUAUCGGACAAAACCUUUCCGAUUCACUUAACGGCUCACAGCAGACGAUAGUGAGGUUGACCCAAGAAUUAAAACACUCCACCGAACAACAUUCGCUAGUGCUUGAGGAAUUGUUUCGCGAAUUCCAUCAGUUGCAUCGAUGGAUCGUCGGCCGUUACGCUUUCGUGGAUGGGUUGAUAUUCUACAUUUGCUAUGUCUUUUUCGUCCUGUUACUCUCGUCCUUAAAACGUACCGCUGAUGCUAGAGGGCCUCUUAUGGCAAUUGUUGUGAUGGGUCUGUGCUUAGAAUGGUCCCUGUACAAGCAUCAAGAAAUAAGAAACGAUAUUAAACAAGACAAUUACCGAUGGAUCAUUCGACAAAUGAGUUUUAUCACUUCCAUUAUAAUACUUCUUUAUUAUGCAUAUCGGUUCAAAGAUUUCUCACGCCAUAUGCUGACACAAAUAAGGGAGCAAAAUCGAAUAAUUAUGGAACACAUUAUUCGCAGGAAAGUUAAUAAUUACAGCAUUGAUUCACAAAGAAGUAACGUACUGAUCGAAGAAAAUAUUGUAAAUGAACGUCGGACGUCUAGUAGUCAAUCUUUCUCCUUUGAGGAAGUCAAGCGUGUACCAAAGAGAACGACCGAAACACGAGUUGAAUCGCCUACCUCGACGCGGUACAAUUUGAGGAAAAAAUAACUUGCCAUGAUCGCCAUUGCUUAGUU